AUGCUAGUUGAACUAAUCGAACCCUACAAACACAUAAUUGAAAACAUAAAGACUGAUGCUUUUAACGUAAAACAUAAAAACAAAACUUGGGAAAUUAUUGUCUCAGAUUACAAUAGCCAACAAACAUCUGGGAUUAGAACAUGUAAGCAAUUAAAAACCGCGUAUGACAUGGCCAAAAGGCAAGCAAAAAAAUCAAUGAGUGAUGAUAAAGUGUUAAUGUAUAAACUUACAAAACAAUUCACGGAUGAAGAACAGUCCAUGGUUCUGGACUUGGUCAAAACUCAUUGUUUCAUCUAUUGUAAGUUGUCUGUACUAAGUGGGCAUCAAUUUGAAAAGGAUGAAGCAUGGUCAAAUAUUGUUGAAACUUUUAAUUUUCACCAAACAUCAGGUACAAGAACAUUAGAUGAAAUCAAAUAUUUAUUUGAACAUUUAAGUAAAACGGCCAAAAGUGAAAAUAAAAAUGAUAAAAUUGAAAGAUUUAAAACUGGCGGAGGACAGUACAAAAAAAGUAUGAACCACUUAAGCGAGCAAGUAAUUGCAGUAAUUGAAGACCGAAUUACUCCAUUAUUCAAUGCACAUGAUGAUGAUUAUGGCUAUGCUGAUCCAAUGAACGCUGAUAGAUGUAUUCAGAAUGUACAAGAUGAUGUGGAAAUUGUUGAAUUUGUGGAUGGAGUUGAAGAAAUCGAUAUCACAGCAGAUAACUCACUUCCUCCUUCUCGUGAAUUCAAUUGGGCUAUGUUUAAUAUAGAAACUGAAACAUCAACAUUACCAAAUAACAGUUACCAGUCAACAGCUAUAAAUGAGUUAAAUCAAAUAAAAACAACCAAAGAUACUGCGGUUAAAAAAGGUUCAUUACAAAAAUCUGUCUGUGAUGGUCUACAAGAAUUUGCCAAAAAAAAAAUUAAUAAAGUAUGUGCUCAACAAAAAUUUUCACUAGAUAUCCAAGAUAUAAAAAAUAAAAAAGCAAAGAACACUGAACUUACUUUCAAAAAAAUAGAAUUUAAUUCAAAAAUAAGGCAACUAGAAUAUUACAAGAGGACAUUUUAA